AUGAAAACAAGAAAAGCAGAUGACAAAAGCAACAUCGUGUUUGUUGGCGGGUUGCGGAAGAGCACCACGGAGGAUAAAGUGGCUGGUCACUUUUCCAAGUUCGGCCAAGUCGAUAGUGUAGACAUCAAAAGGCUACCAGACGGCACAUCUCGAGGGUUUGCCUUCGUCAAGUUUGUAGAGGUUGAAUCCAUCGCAAAGGUCUUGGAGGCCCAGAGUAGUCACAUGAUUGACAACAAGUGGGUGGCAGUCAAGCCGCACGGUGGAACUGCAUUCACGGAAGAUAAGAACCGAGAAAGAGCCAAGGAGGCAGCUGAACUAGCUCGACAGAAGCAAAAGAAGGACGACUCUAGAGUGGAGUCUGCCGACGAUUACGAUGAGAAGUGGUCAGAAAAUUAUCUGCAGGCUGCGGCGAAUAUGGGUGCAAACAGUGGCGAGGAUGCAAAGGGUGACGGACAGCAGGCAAAUCCAAUGGCAGCGAUGGGGGCCAUGAUGCAGAUGAUGGGCAUGAUGCAGAUGAUGGGAGGUGGCAUGCCAGGAAUGUGUGGGGGCAUGAUGAACCCCAUGAUGAAUCCCAUGAUGGGCGGGAUGGGGAAGGGGGCAUGCCCGGCUUGCCCCUCCGGUUGUGGAUGUGGUUGCUGCGGCGGUUGUCCUGGAUGCGGAUGCUGCCCCACUAGUUGUCCUGGCUGUGGAGGGUGUCCUGGUGGUUGCGGUGGCUGCCCUGCUUGCGGCGGAUGUGCAGCGGGCAGUUGUGGGGGUGGUGGCUGCCCUACAUCACCUGUUCCGACAGCAGAGGAAAACAGCGAAGCAACUGGGUGUGGCCCCGUGAAAAACGAGGGCGGUGGUGCGACGGAGCGGUCACAGCCGUACUGA